AUGGAGACCGAUCUUGCAGAGGUAACAGCACAGGGCCUGGCCCUUCACAUCAGCAUGGCGGAGGACUUCCUCACUGAGUUCCUCCGACUGAGGGCGAUGCCCAUCACCAUCGGCUGCGCCGCCAACAUCGCCAACACGAUCGACGCCUUCAUGUACCACAUCGAGAUGGCCAAGGCUGUGCUCACAGACCUCACCUACGCGCGCGGCACUGCCCCAAUGAAGGCCAUCGUCGCGCGGUACGAAACUAUUUUGUACAACCUUGAAAAGGAGAUGCGGGAGCAGAGGCUGGAUUACUUCCAGGAGAUCUGCGAUAGGAGGGAGGAAAAAGAGAGAGAAGGAGAGAUAAGGAGAGACGGAGAGACAAACUGA